CUGGUACCUCCUGCCAGCGUCUCUUGGGUUUGCUGAGAACUCACGGGCUCCAGCUACCUGACGAUGACCACCACAUUUCUGCAAACUUCUUCCUCCACCUUUGGGGGUGGCUCUACCCGAGGGGGUUCCCUUCUGGCUGGGGGAGGUGGCUUUGGUGGGGGUAGUCUCUAUGGGGGAGGUGGAAGCCGAAAUAUCUCAGCUUCUUCUGCUAGGUUUGUCUCUUCAGGGUCAGGAGGGGGCUACGGGGGUAGCAUGAGAGUCUGUGGCUUUGGUGGAGGGGCUGGUAGUGCUUUUGGUGGAGGCUUUGGAGGGGGCAUUGGUGGGGGUUUUGGUGGUGGCUUUGGUGGUGGCGAUGGUGGUCUCCUCUCUGGCAAUGAGAAAAUUACCAUGCAGAACCUCAAUGACCGCCUGGCCUCCUACCUGGACAAGGUACGUGCCCUAGAAGAGGCCAAUGCUGACCUGGAGGUGAAGAUCCGUGACUGGUACCAGAAGCAGGCCCCGACCAGCCCGGAACGCGACUACAGCCAAUACUUCAAGACCACUGAAGAGCUCUGGGACAAGAUCAUGGCCACCAACAUCGACAACUCCCGGGUCAUCCUGGAGAUCGACAACGCCAGGCUGGCUGCAGACGACUUCAGGCUCAAGUAUGAGAAUGAGCUGGCUUUGCGCCAGAGCGUCGAGGCCGACAUCAACGGCCUACGCCGAGUCCUGGAUGAGCUGACCCUGGCCAAGACUGACCUGGAGAUGCAGAUCGAGGGCCUGAAUGAGGAGCUGGCCUACCUGAAGAAGAACCACGAGGAGGAGAUGAAGGAGUUUGGCAGCCAGCUGGCCGGCCAGGUCAAUGUGGAGAUGGAUGCAGCACCGGGCGUGGACCUGACCCGCGUGCUGGCAGAGAUGAGGGAGCAGUACGAGGCCAUGGCGGAGAAGAACCGCCGGGAUGCUGAGGCCUGGUUCUUCAGCAAGACUGAGGAGCUGAACAAAGAGGUGGCCUCCAACACAGAAAUGAUCCAGACCAGCAAGACGGAGAUCACAGAUCUGAGACGCACAAUGCAGGAGCUGGAGAUCGAGCUGCAGUCCCAGCUCAGCAUGAAAGCUGGGCUGGAGAACUCGCUGGCCGAGACAGAGUGCCGCUAUGCCACGCAGCUGCGGCAGAUCCAGGGGCUCAUCGGUGGCCUGGAGGCCCAGCUGAGUGAGCUCCGAUGCGAGAUGGAGGCUCAGAACCAGGAGUACAAGAUGCUGCUUGACAUAAAGACGCGGCUGGAGCAGGAGAUUGCCACCUACCGCAGCCUGCUGGAGGGCCAGGAUGCCAAGAUGGCUGACAUUGGCAUCAGGGAAGCCUCUUCAGGAGGUGGCAGUAGCAGCAGCAAUUUCCGCAUCAACGUAGAGGAGUCAGUGGAUGGAAAGGUGGUUUCUUCCCGCAAGAGAGAAAUCUAAGUGCCCAUUGCAGGAGAAACAUCCCUUGCCACUCCCCACUCUCAUCAGGCCAAGUGGAGGACUGGCCAGAGGGCCUGAACAUGCAAACUCCAGUCCCUGCCUUCAGAGAGCUGAAAAGGUCCCUCAGUCUUUUAUUUCAGGGCUUUGCAUGCGCUCCGUUCCCCCUCUACCUCUCCCCGCCUUCUUUAGAGCAAGGAGGUGCAGAAGCAGCUGCGUUGUGUAACAAGCUCAUUUGUAUGGUGUCUGUUCAUGCAAUAAAGAAUUACUUUUCCUUUUGCAAAUA